AUGCAAUGUCGCUGGUGGGAGGGCCAGCUUGGGGCGAACAGCAGCGCCUGCCACCCCUGCCCGGAGGGCUGUUACCAGCCCGGCCUGGCGCAGGUGGGCCGCUUCAGCUGCCUGCCCUGCGCCCCCGGGAACUUCAGCGGAAACGCCUCCGGCGCCUGCCGCAGCUGCCCCGUGGGCUCCUGGAGCGGCCUGGGGGCCAGCAAGUGCAACGUCUGCGAGGAGGGCUGGAGCCGCGUGCCCGGCGCCGUGGGCCCGGAGAUGUGCAGCGACUGCGAGGGCCAGUGCCAGGAAG